AUGGGCCAAUCCAAGAUCACGCUCUACGUCGACGUCGUCAGUCCUUUUGCGUAUGAAGCUUUCCACAUACUGCAGAACGAGCCCGUCUUUAAAGAUGUGCAGGUCAAAUACGUGCCCAUCUUCCUCGGCGGGCUCAUGAAAGCUUGCGGCAACACGCCCCCCAUCAACAUCAAGAACAAGGACAAGUGGAUCCAGACCGAGAAGCUCCGGUGGGCGCGCGCCUUCGACGUGCCCAUGGCCGCGGCGAGCCCCGCCAACUUCCCGCCCAUGACGCUCGCCCUGAUGCGCGCGCUCGCCGCCCUGUCGGCGCACCAGGAGGGAGGGGGCCAACGGCUGCUGGCCGCCGCGCUCGCCAAGCUGUGGCACGCCCUCUGGGUCGAGCACGCCGAGGUCGAGAAGCCGGCCGUGUUCGGGCCCCUGCUGGCCGCGGUGCUGGGCCGCGAGAGGGCGGAGGAGGGUGAGUCCGACCUGCUGCGUCUCUUUCAUUUCAUCUCCGUUCACGUCUCUACUCUCCUCCUCAUGGCCGAGGCCUCGACGUCGGGCAAGACGGCGCUCAAGGACAACACGGACAGGGCGUUCGAGGACGGCGCCUUCGGGCUCCCGUGGAUGGUGGCGACGAACGGCGCCGGGCAGACGGAGGGCUUCUGGGGCGUCGACCACAUGGCCCAGGUGCUGCAGUUCCUCGGUCUUGAGAAGCCAGGGCAGGGAGGCUGGAGGUCGGUCUUGUGA